UCAAGGGAGAUUUGUCCUUGAUCCUAGAAUAUUCUAGGAUCUAAGUUUUAUGUAAAUAAUAUGUAAAUAUAGUAAGUCAAGGAUGUAGUUUAGGAUGCUGUCAAUAUUUAGAUUAUUUCCUUCCUUUUUUGUUUAUAAUCCUCUCCUUAAAAGAGGAUGUUGUUCUUGCUCAUUUCAAUAAAUUAAGACAAAUUGUCUUUGAUUAUUUCUAAGAUGGUAUCAGAGCUGGAUUAAAUCCCAGCCAUCCAUUCCGUGUGAGGCUCUUCGCACAACCGUCUACGCCUCCUCUAUUGGCCUCUCGAUUGGUCGCUGAUGCCCGGAUUCGGCAAUUCCCAGCCAUUGCCAAGCUUGAAUCUACUGGUCGCGGCCACCCAAGAUCGACUCAAGGUCAUCUUCUCUGUCGCGUCCUCUAUCGUCAACCGCCAGGUCUCUUUCUACCGCCUGCGAGUGCAAGCUUCCACUGGGCGAGUGCAAGCUCUUCAUUUCGAACGGUGACACCCACUCCAAUUGGGUUAGUUGUGUUCGCUUCAGCCACUGCCAAUUGCUUACGACCUCUCUACCUUGACCAGCUUCAAUCACUGUUACUUCACAGCGCAACGUAGCCGCACAUCACAGCCACUGCAGUUGCAGCCACUAGAAAGCACUGCCGCAACUGUUUCUUUUGCACAACACAGCGGCCACAGUCAUUCACAACAUUACUGUUGCAACCGCUUAUGCAAAGAACUACGACUGCCUUCUGCUUGCUGGCACCUUACAUUGACAACAACCAAUUUUGCAGCCAUCUCCCACAUCUUGGUAACCUUACUUGCUUCCUUUCCUUCUUGUUUUUUUCCUCUUCCAAUGUGUAAGUUAUGUCGGAAGUCACUUCCGAAACAUCCUUAAAUCCUGUCGCUACUAUCCAAACAAAAUAUCCAGCGACCCAUCCAAACCAUUCAAGUACCCAUUCUGUCCAAAUCACCACCAUUCGUUUAAAUGGUGAUAAUUUUCUUCACUGGUCUCAAUCUGUUCGAAUGUAAUAUCCGCAGGCAAGGAAAAAUUGGCUACAUUACUGGCGACAAGAAGGAACCUGCAGUGGAUGACCCAGCACACUCUGUUUGGGAUGCUAAAAACUCUAUGGUCAUGACAUGGCUGGUUAAUUCCAUAGAUGAAGAUAUCAGUUCCAAUUAUAUGUGUUAUCCUACUACAAAGGAGUUAUGGGAUAAUGUAAAUCAGAUGUACUCUGACCUAAGUAACCAAUCUCAGGUUUUUGAGUUAACUCUGAAGCUGGGAGAGAUUCGGCAAGGAGACGAUUCUAUUACUAAAUACUUCCAUUCCUUGAAGAGACUGUGGCAAGAUCUUGACCUCUUCAACACUUAUGAGUGGAAAUCUACUGAAGAUUGCAACCACCACAAGAAAAUGGUUGAAGAUGACCGUAUUUACAAGUUUCUUGCUGGCCUUAAUAUUGAGUUUGAUGAGGUGCAAGGGAGGAUUAUUGGCCGAUCCCCCUUACCUCCCAUUGGUGAAGUAUUUGCUAAGGUUAUAAGAGAAGAAAGCCGAAGGAGUGUCAUGCUUGGCAAAAAAACUGCUGCCUUGUAGGCAGCUGCCAAUUGGAAGAGCAACAAGCAAGGAGAUAAGAGUAGUAACCAUGGGGUCCCUACUGCGAAUGAGGUUGACACAGGUCACUUCAACAAAGAGCAGAUUGAUCAACUCUUGAAGCUGUUACAAUCCAAUUCCUCAUCUGGUAUUCCUAGUGUUUCCUUGGCACACACAGGUAGAAAACCUAAAGCUCUUUCUUGUCUACAUUCCUCUCCAUGGGUUAUUGAUUCUGGAGCCUCCGAUCAUAUGACUAGUUCUCCUUAUUUAUUUAAUACCUAUUCUCCUAUCUCUGGAAAUGAAAAAAUUAGAAUUGCCGAUGGUAGAUUUUCAUCUAUUGCAGGAAAAGGUCUUAUUUAACUAACCGAAAAAAUUAAUCUCCAUUAUGUUCUUCAUGUUCCUAACUUGGCCUGCAAUCAUUUGUCAAUUAGUAAACUUUGCAAAGACUCUAACUGUCGUGGUACUUUCUUUGAAUCC